AUGUACUUGAACCAUGAUAGAUUUGGUGCGGAACAUCCUUCUGUGGUUCAAUGUCAUUUCGUGCAUUACAAGCACAGUGUCCCGCUCGUCCAGUUCCUAAGUGAGUACGCGGAAAUCUCUACGGAUCUACGCGUGGAUAACCAGAUGUUUCGCCUAUCACUUGCCGUGCUUGUAUUAUCAGAAUGUGCGCUAUCGAUGCCUCCACCAGCAGGAUUGAAUUUGAAGCCAGCAAAAGCGAUCGGUGAAGAGCAUCCAAAUGUCCCACUGAGUAAUGCUCCUGCAGAAGUGUCCAAAGAGCCUCCCAAUCUUCGACUGAGGUCCAGAAUGAUGGCCGCCUUGAAUGCAGUUAACGAAACCAGCAAAAAGGAACUCGUCCCGCUUGGUUCACAAACCCUGAUUUUAACCAAGAACAGAAAGUACAAAAAGCCUUCGUCCUCGAGAUCAUUUUUCGGUGCAGUGACAGAGGAGCCGAUUACGGCUGCGCCAUUAGCUGUGCGACCUGCUCCAAAAACUCUACCAUCGUCGGCAAAUUACGGCGUGAACCCGGUACUACAGACGAAUUUCGUUGACGCUCAAGGACGAGUGUUGAAAAACGUCGUUUCAAUACCUAUUCGAGUUGGAGAAGCAAAGAUUAAAGCAGUCAGUGCUGCCUCGGUAUCGCUGGUUGAGGGAGAAGCCGAGAAUGGAGUUCAUGUGAAGUUUGGACAAGCCUCUCCGGCGCCCAUCUAA